AUAUGUUUACAGUACACUGUGAAGCAUUACUAGGUAAGAAGGAAGUGCAGGUAAAUUAUUCAACUGAAAAGGAAAUCCGUUUCCACAGCAGUGAUUGACAUCAGCUCUCCUUGCUCAUUUGCAUAAACAGUUGAAGCUCCUCCCACACACAGCACACCUGUAUAAAUAGACAGGUAAAUGUGCAGUUUAGAGUUUACACACUGAUCUCAGGAAGAAUCACUUGACUGAAGGUGAGUUCUGUGACUAAUUCUAAUAAAUCUACACUAUAAUAGAACAAUAGAUUUACAUCAUUUGUGUUCAUAAGCAUUUGCACAGGUGAAGCUGUUGUUUUGUUUGUAAAUGGAUCUUAUUCUUUUGUUCAUGGAAGAAAAGGCUUUGAUCUCGUUUUUAUCUGAAAUAACUACGUCUACAUCAAAAUCAUUUUUGUUCUAGAUUUUGACCUCAAAGAGUCAAAAGACUUAAAGAGCCACAUGCAACACACAGUUCCGCCCACAUCUGUCCAGAAUGGGGUUUGGCACUAACAGUGAGUUGAUUGACAGCAGGUCAAAGGUCAGCUUCUGCUCAGGCUCGUGUCAUGCGGAGAACAUCCUGCAGGUGCUGAACACAUACAGACGCAGCGGGACGUUCACAGAUGUGGUGUUGCAGGUGGACGGCUGCGAGUUUCCUUGCCAUCGUGCGACCCUCUGUGCCAGCAGCCCGUUCUUCCACCACAUGUUCAACAGUCAGUUCCAGGAGAGCCGGCAGGCCGUCGUCAAGCUCCAGGGAAUCUCCAGCAGAGUCAUGGAACAUCUCCUCAACUUCAUAUACGAGGGCAAACUGAUGCUGGACGAGGAGAACGUGGAGAGCAUCUUCCAGGCGGCCGAUCAGCUGGACGUUCCGGUCCUGUCCAAAGCCUGCGUGCAGUUUCUGCAGAAAUGCGUCAGUCACUCCAACUGUCUGGGCCUCAUGGACUUCGCCGGCUCAUACUUCCUCCAGCCGCUGCAGGAGCAGUGCCAGAACCUGCUGUACCAGGACUGUGAGGAGGUCUUCAAACACGACGAGUUCCUCAGUCUGCCCAAAGCCAGAGUCCUUGAGCUGCUGGCCUGCGAGCAUCUGCAGGUGUCUGAGGAGGUUCUGGUGGCGGCCGUUCUCCGCUGGAUCCGUCACAAACCUGCAGAGAGAAAACAGGAUGUCCGGGAGCUGCUGGAGAAGCUGCGUCUUCCUCUGCUGGAUCCGGCGUUCUUCACGAGCGUGUUGGAGGCCGAUGAUCUGGUGCAGGACUGCAGAGACUGUCGACCGCUGCUGCAGGAGGCCAGACUGUACCACGUUUACGGGCGAGAGGUCAGCUCAGAGCGCACCAAACCCAGGAGGCAUUCUGGUUGGGCAGAGAUGAUCUUUGUGAUCGGUGGCUGUGAUAAGAACGGUUUUUCCCGACUGUCUCUCACAGAGAUGUUGAAUCCUCUCACAGGAGAUUGGCUUUCUGCCGUCACGCUGCCUGGAUACUCCAAAUCUGAGUUUGCAGCCUGUGAACUUCACAAUGACAUUUAUUUAUCAGGCGGGCAGCUGAACAGUGCAGACGUGUGGUGUUUCAUGUCUCGACUCAAUCAGUGGGUGCGUGUGCGUGGACUCAACAGAGGCAGAUGGAGACACAAGAUGACUUCCUUGUGUGGAAAAUUGUAUGUAGUUGGUGGUUACAACGGUCGCGAGCGCUUGUCGAGCGUUGAGUGCUACAGUCCCCAUGAAAACAAGUGGAAGUAUGUCGCUGAUCUCUUACUUCCUGUCACUUCUGCUGCUGUCACCAGCUGCUGUGGGAAACUCUACGCUAUUGGAGGAGCCGUGAGUGAUGUCACCAAUACUAACAAGGUUCAGUGUUAUGAUCCGGUGUGUGAGCAGUGGGUGUUUGUGUCGUCGUGUCCGUUCUCUCAACGCUCCAUCAAUGCGGUCUCUCUCAACGGCUGUAUUUACGUCACCGGCGGUCUUCUGGACGACAUCUUCUGUUACACACCGAGUGAAGACACGUGGAGAAAAGCUGCCGCGCUGCCCAUCAGACUGGAGGGCUGUGGACUGACUGUGUGUGACGGGAAGGUUUAUGUUGUCGGUGGACGUGAUGAGUGUUCGGUCGCGGUUGACCGGAUCUGGGCGUUUGACCCGAUGAGCGGGAAACUGACAGAAGAGAAACCACUGUUGCGCUGUCUCAGUUACCAUGGCUGCGUCACUGUACUACAGCGUCUCUGAUCCACAUCAGC